GCAAUGCAUGAACCAUUGCAGACAUGGCAAGAUGCACCGUACAUUUUUAUUGUACAUGUUGGCAUUUCAUCCUCAAAGGAAUCACCAAAAGAAAAUUCACUAAGUAAUCUUUUUACCAUGACUGUUGAAGUGAAGGGUCCCUAUGAAUAUCUCACACUUGAAGACUAUCCAUUGAUGAUUUUUUUCAUGGUGAUGUGUAUUGUGUAUGUCCUGUUUGGUGUUCUUUGGCUGGCCUGGUCUGCCUGCUACUGGAGAGAUCUCCUGAGAAUUCAGUUUUGGAUCGGGGCUGUCAUCUUCCUGGGAAUGCUUGAGAAAGCUGUCUUCUAUGCGGAAUUUCAGAAUAUCAGAUACAAAGGAGAGUCUGUCCAAGGUGCCUUGAUCCUUGCAGAGCUGCUUUCUGCAGUGAAACGCUCGCUGGCUCGAACCCUGGUCAUCAUAGUCAGUCUGGGAUACGGCAUUGUCAAGCCUCGCCUUGGAGUCACUCUUCACAAAGUUGUGGUAGCAGGAGCCCUUUAUCUUUUGUUCUCUGGCAUGGAAGGGGUCCUCAGAGUUACAGGGGCCCAGACUGAUCUUGCUUCCUUGGCCUUUAUCCCCUUGGCUUUCCUAGACACUGCCCUGUGCUGGUGGAUAUUUAUUAGUCUAACUCAAACAAUGAAGUUACUAAAGCUUCGGAGGAACAUUGUGAAGCUUUCUUUGUACCGGCAUUUCACCAAUACGCUUAUCUUGGCAGUGGCAGCAUCUAUUGUGUUUAUCAUCUGGACAACCAUGAAGUUCAGGAUAGUGACUUGCCAAUCGGACUGGCGGGAACUGUGGGUGGACGAUGCCAUCUGGAGGUUGCUGUUUUCCAUGAUCCUCUUUGUCAUCAUGGUACUCUGGCGACCAUCAGCAAAUAACCAGAGGUUUGCUUUUUCACCAUUGUCAGAGGAAGAAGAGGAAGAUGAACAAAAGGAACCUAUGCUGAAAGAAAGUUUUGAGGGAAUGAAAAUGAGAAGUACCAAACAAGAGCCAAAUGGAAAUAGUAAAGUCAACAAAGCAGAAGAUGAUUUGAAGUGGGUAGAAGAGAAUGUUCCUUCUUCUGUGACAGAUGUAGCACUUCCAGCCCUUCUGGAUUCAGAUGAGGAACGGAUGAUCACACACUUUGAAAGGUCCAAAAUGGAGUGAAUGAUGGGAAGUUUUGCAGUUGAAGAUGGCUAACAUCGGGGAAGAAAUCAGCUUCUGUGUCAGUCUUCUACACUGCUCCAUGGGAUUAAAGGAGACAAUGGCAUCCUGAUCUGUUCCUUGAUCUUUGUGCAUGGGAGCUGGCGAGAGGUGUCAGACAAGGAGAACAUCUUAUUGAAAACACUUCAUAGGAUGAGAAAAAUCUACUCGCUUCUUAUUUACAACAUUGAUACCCUUUCCCUCUCCAACCCUGACAUGGAUGUGUAUGCAACUUUUGUGUUGUUCCUGAACUCUCUGUUUCAGUUGUUUAAUCUGUCAAACUAAAAAAGUGUAAUGUCUUUAAAGGACUAUGUCAUCAACACCGUAAUGUAUAAUCUCCAGGAGCAACUGCCUGUAAUUUUUAUUUAUUUAGGGAGUUGCAUAGGUGAUGGCGGAAAUUAUUAAUUAUCUUUCAGUUUCCUGGGAAGUCAAGGUCACAUCUUGCAGAGAUGAUUUUGAGUAAAAUGGUCCUUUCUGAGUUAAGGAGCCACGGUUCUAAUAUAUUAGUGAUCAAUAGGGAAAGAAAGGAAAGGAACAUGUGAUUCAGAUCAUUUUUUUAAAAAGCAAAAUCAAGUGCAAUUUUGUUUACAAAUGGUGUAUAUUAAAGAUUUUUCUAUUUCAUAUGUACUUUAAAGAAAAAUAUUAGCUCAGCCAUUUUCACAUCUGCUAUUGUGACACAUCCCAUUGCUGGCAAUGUGGUGCACACUCCAAAACUUUACUACUGUUUUGUAAGCCCCCAGGGGCGGCGCUGUGGAGUCCUAGGCAAUGUUUGAUUUGCCUUCAUGCCAUAUUUUGGGAGUUGGAGUAGAUAUCAAGAGGCACUCCAUCUAAGUGUUGUGAUUGAGCACCCUCCUAGAGGACUAUAAUGCUUCAGAAUGAGGAGCUUAUAGAAAGGACAUAGGUCCUUCUGGCCUUUUCAAAGUUACUUUUGCAUGAAGUAGUGUGGAGGCCCUGGACUGCUGCUCAGUUUUUAGGAUCAACUGUUUAGUAUCUGGUGUUGGUUUAGAAACUGUUUAUUAAGGGACAUCACAAGGUGAUGGUAUUCACUUGAAGCACUAUAUUUCUGUUUUAAUGGUUUUAUCCAAUUUUGCCUUCCCAAGAUUUUUGUUCUACAUAAGAGUUC